AUGAAACCACAAAUAUCAUCUCUGCCUUCUGCGGCACGGCUUUCUGCUCGGCCCCUCAACCUUCCUCUAUCCUACCGCGGAGUUUGCCAUUAUGCGCAGAUAGCGUCGGUACGGGCAAGGCCCUCAUUAUCUCAAUCCAAUCGCCUAGUCUGGUUGGCGGAUGGACGCCAGGUGCAGAGAAGAUGGAUUACACUAGCCUACAUCCAGCGAAUGAAAGAUGCGGAGAAGCAAUGGAAAGAAUGGGCGCAGGAGAUCAAGGCCGGGAAGAGACUCAGUUUUGUGCAGCAUCUGGAGCAAAGAGAAUUACUGCAUGAUGUUGUUGGAGAACGCGACCUUUUACACAAAGUCUUCACCGAGAAGCGAGUCGGCCUGUACGCCGGUGUCGAUCCAACCGCUCCUUCGUUGCAUAUUGGACACAUGUUGCCGUUCAUGGUUUUAGCGUGGGCCUACGUUUGGGGCCUACCCGCGGUGUUCUUGCUUGGCGGUGCCACGUCUCGAGUCGGUGAUCCAACAGGAAGAUUGCAAGGAAGGGAAAAAGUACACUCCUCCAUUCGCAAGGCAAACAUGGCAGCCAUGCACAUGCAACUGAAGAAGUUGGGUGCGAGUAUCGAGAGAUACGGGGAAAGGCAUGGGUACCAGAGACAACGGAUCUGGAGGCGAUCACUGGUGAACAAUAACGUGUGGUGGAACAAAACAUCGUUCAUUGAGUUGCUCCGGGACUUGGGCGCUUUCAUGCGACUUGGCCCUAUGUUGGGCAGAGACACAGUCAAAACCCGACUGGCGAAAGGCGACGGUAUGUCUUUCGCUGAAUUCUCAUACCCCCUCAUGCAAGCAUGGGAUUGGUGGGUUUUGUUUAGGAAGGGUGUCCAAGUUCAGGUGGGAGGCACUGAUCAAUACGGUAAUAUCCUCUUUGGUAUGGAUGCGGUCAAGUCCAUCAGCAGAAACACUGCGGACGAGCAGGACCGGAACGCUCUUGAAAAGGAUAUCGACAGGCCAAUCGGUCUGACCACGCCAUUACUGACCGCUUCGUCCGGCGAGAAACUUGGAAAGUCCGCUGGCAAUGCAGUUUGGCUUGAUAAGGACAUGACAUCCACCUUCGAACUAUACCAGUUCUUCAUUCGAAUUUCCGAUGACGUCGUCGAACGCUACUUGAAAAUGUUCACGUUCCUACCUUUACCAGAGAUCGCCAAGAUCAUGGAGAAACAGAACGCUGAUCCGUCGAAGCGUGUUGCACAACAUGCUCUGGCUUUCGAGUUUGUGGAGCUCAUCCACGGAAGACAAGAGGCAGAAGCCGUAGCCAUGCAACAUCGUCAGUUAUUCCGCCCACGGAAGUCAACAUCCGAGCCGACUCCUCUGGCUCAAGCGGGGAGACAACCACCAGCCGGUCAUCUGAGAUCCCCCACAGCGAGUUUCGUCAACCCCCAGUCUGGGAACCCGUACGCUCCGCAAACCAAUUUCUCGAACAUGCCAUCCGUAAAUGUCACUCUUCCGCGGUCCCUAGUUUACGACCAACCUUUCAACCGGGUCCUGUGGCAUGCGGGAUUGGUGUCGUCCAAGAGUGAAGGCCACCGUAUUAUCAAGAAUGCAGGAGCAUACGUAGGAUCCCGCCCAGGCGAGAGCGGGCCCAUGUCGGAUGAAUUGUCAUUCACGCCCAUCAAACCGUGGACAGCCGACAAGACAGCAGAAUUCAUUCAGGGUGAUUCUCUGUUGAUCCUGAAGCUGGGCAAAUGGAAGGUCAAGUUGGUCAACAUCAUCAGUGACGAGGAAUUCAAAGAGCGUGGGCUUACUGCGCCCGGAUGGGGAUCACAACAGGACGAAAACUGA